UUUGUCGUUAAAAAUUAAUUAAAAGAACUGGAAUUUGUUUAAACUGUUAUUCUUUCUCGUGGAUAUCAAAUCAAGUUUGACCGGAAUGAAGAUUUUUUUUACUGAAAUUAUUUCAUCUCCAGUCUACAUUGAUGUAUUAUUGGAUGGUAUCAACAUAAACUAAUGCUUUUCUUCAAAUGCAUCAACAACAUUUAUCAUCUUUCUAAGAUGUUAUCCAGAAAAUAAAACCCUGUUUACAUAAAUCUAUUGUCGAACAACUGUGAAAUAUUUCCUCUGGGCUGAAAUUAAUAGUAACAUUUCUCUUCUUCACUGUCUGGAACCUGCACAAGGAACAUGGACAAAUUUACCAUGAGGUUGUAAUGGAAUUUUCAGUAAGAAAUUUUAUACCGAUAUAUCCUGAUAAAGAUUUUAUUUCAUAUUAGAAGACAAGUUUCUUCUAGGAAUAAUUAUUGCAAAUAUGUGAUUAUUACUUUGAAGUAUUUACAGAUAUUCACAGAGAUCAUUGUUUAUUGAAAUAUAACUGAAGAAAUACUUGUUAGGUUUCAAAUAUUAAACCCUAACACAAGAAAUAUAUUUGUUAUUGUAUUCAACAGGAAAUUAUGGAGAAUGAAUUAUGUGAGAACCAAGUUAAAUAUAAAACACAAUGCAAAAGGAUUGAUUUUCCAGGUGAAAGACUGAAAGCGAUACGGAAAACAUCAUUCUUCUGUGAUAUCUGUAAAAAAUCUUUCUCUAAAAAAAGUAAUCUAACUCGACACAAGCGUAUUCAUACAGGAGAGAAACCAUACCACUGUGAUAUUUGUGGUAAAUCAUUCUCUCAGAGUAGUGUUUUAAAAACUCACAAACGCAUUCAUACAGGAGAUAAACCAUAUCCUUGUGGUAAAUCACUUUCUCAAAGAGGUUCUUUCACUACUCACAAUUAUACAGGAGAGAGACCAUAUCACUGUGAUAUCUGUGGAAAAUCAUUCUCUCAAGCAAAUAAUUUAACUACUCACAAACGUAUUCAUACAGGAGAGAAACCAUAUCACUGUGAUAUCUGUGGUAAAUCAUUCUCUAUAGAUAGUAAUUUAACUAAUCACAAACGUAUUCAUACAGGAGAGAAGCCAUAUUACUGUGAUAUCUGUGAUAAAUCAUUCUCCAUAGCUAAUUACUUAACUAUUCACAAACGCAUUCAUUCAGGGGAGAAACCAUAUCAGUGCGAAAUCUGUGGUAGAUCAUUCUCUCAAACAAAUCACCUAACUACACACAUACGUGUUCAUACAGGAGAGAAGCCAUAUCACUGUGAUAUCUGUGGGAAAUCAUUCUCUGUAGCAUGUAGUUUAACUAAACACAAACGUAUUCAUACAGGAGAGAAACCAUAUCAGUGUGAUAUCUGUGGUAAAUCAUUUACUUUAAAUAGUCACUUAACUACUCACAAACGUAUUCAUACAGGAGAGAAGCCAUAUCACUGUGAUAUUUGUGGUAAAUCAUUCUCUCAAAGUGGUGAUUUAACUACACAUAAACGCAUUCAUACGGGAGAACAGCCAUAUCUAUGUGACAUCUGUGCUAAAUCAUUUUCUGAUAAAGGUAGUUUAACUAGGCACAAAUGUAUCCAUACAGGAGAAAAGCCAUAUAACUGUGAUAUCUGUGGUAAAUCUUUCUCUCAAAAUGGUGACUUAACUACUCACAAACGUAUUCAUACAGGAGAGAAGCCAUAUCUUUGUGAUAUCUGUGGUAAAUCAUUCUCUGAAAAAGGUAGCUUAACGAAGCACAGACGCAUUCAUACAGGAGAAAAACCAUACCACUGUGAUAUCUGUGGUAAAUCAUUCUCUAUAGAUAGCCACUUAACUACUCAUAAACGCAUUCACACAGGAGAAAAGCCAUAUCACUGUAACAUCUGUGGUAAAUCAUUCUCUCAAAGUGGGGAUUUAACUACUCACAAACGUAUCCACACAGGAGAUAAGCCAUAUCUCUGUGAUGUCUGUGGUAAAUCAUUCUCUGUGAUAUGUAGCUUAACUAGACACCAGUGCAUUCAUGCAAAACACUUCCAUAAAUGAGAAAAGCCAUGUCACUGUGAUGUCUAUGGUAAAUCAUUCUCUGAAAAAAAAGUAGCUUAACAUACAGCAGAGAAGCCAUAUCACUGAUAUUGAUGUUAAAUCCUUCACUUUAGAAUGUUAUUUAAUUAGACAGUCAUAGGUGAAGAGCCAUGACAUUCCUUCCAGUGUUGAAUCAUUCUCACAAAAUACAAAUAUGUUUUUCAUAUAGAAGAGUAACUACAUCACAUAUACUUUCUCAGAAAGAAAUAUAUCUAACCAUAGGUUUACUCUCAUGAAGAAGAUGUAACAGUGUGAUAACAACGCUAAUUUAUAUUUUAUAUAGACAUAAAUGUAUCUACAUUAGGGACAUUUAAAUUAUUAAAUUUCAAAUUUUAAUAAAAGCAUUCUUUCAGAAUUCUCUUAUGUAUUCCAUUUUGGAAAUUUCUAGACAGGAGAAAACUUCUUGUUCAUUUAUUGUGAACAGGUAGCUGGGAAACGUGUUAGUUCUAAAUCAGGUAUUUUAUAAUUGUACAAUUAUUGUUUUAAAUGAAACACUCACAGACCCUAACAAAAAAUAUUUCAUCUUACUAAGUAUAUGUAUAAGAAGACACUUGGUUAAAUAAAUGAAUACUAAACUCUCAAAA